UCUUUCUUCCAUUACAAACCAAUCUUACAAGAGAGAGAGAGACAAACGAAAGAAGAAGAACAAAAAUAUAAUCUCCUCCACGAAAAAUAUAUAUAAAAUGGAAACUUCUGUCCCAAAGAGAGACUUAUUCACAGAAAUGGAACAAAACGCUCAAAUCGCAGCCAAGAGACUUUGGAAAGUCGUGCGGAUCGUCUUCUGCGUUUUGAAAACCGGUACGGUCAAAAACAAGCUCAUGCUUGACUUAAACCUAAUGCUCAAGAGAGGCAACAAAGCCAUCACUAACCUCCGCCGCCGUCGUUCUAGCUUCACCGGCGGCGCUGACGUUACCUCCUCCUCACGCGUCCGUGACUACGAGUUCAGCUGCAGCAACACCCCAGCGAAUGACCCUUUUUCCUACAUGUGCAAACGCAAGCGCCGCGUCCACGGCGGUAUUGACAAGGAAGACGCUGUGACCGAAGCGGUUAAGAGUUUUGAGUUGUUAGGCGAGAAUGAUACGGGCGAAGCGGCUGGAGAGUCUCCGUUGGUGGCGUUUCCGGCGGUGAGACAGCUUAGAGUGACGGAUUCGCCGUUUCCAUUAGACGACGGUGGAGAUCAUGAUCACGUGGUGGAUAAAGCCGCGGAGGAGUUUAUAAAGAAGUUUUAUAAGAACCUUAAGCUGCAAAAGAAGAUGGGGAACGCAUUAGAUUCGCCGUACCACGACGGAUGGGUUAGGUGAUGCGUGCGUUUAGAGACCAACGCGACUUGAGACUUGACUUGAGUCAGCUAUAUUUCCCUUUAAGAGUGUUGUUGUAUACUUGAAUUUGACUUGUGUUUAUCUCUUCGGUAAAAAGAUGUAAACAUGGCUGUGUAAAUAUUUUCUUAUCAUAGUGAAAAAUACUAUAUUGGUGAGUU